AUGUCAAAAUACGGAAUGACAUUGGAAGAUAAGUUUGGAAAAUUUACUGUAGAUGAACAUGGAUGUAAUUCUACAAAAAAUAUAGAAAAUUUGCAAUUGAUUGUUCAAAUGAUAGGUGGAAAUUCUAUAUUGAAAACAGAUGAAAGUUUUUAUGCUCAUAUGUUGUUUACAUCUUUUGAAGCUCAAAAAACUAUAUUAAAUGAAAUUAAUCUAGUAAUCCUAAUGAUUAUCAAGAUCACCAACAAUGACAACAAAAAUAAUGAUGAAUUAAAGAGUAUAGAAGAGGAAGAGAUAACUUAUUUGUCAACAUUAACACCACCAUCAUCUCCAUCAAAAAAAACUGUCACGGGUAUUAAAUCACCAUAUUUUUCCCAAGUACAACAAAUUAAUUACAAUAACAAUGAUGACGAUGGUGAUAAUUUCAUGGCCAAAUUGCAACAUAGCCUUAAUGGCAAUAAAAUCAACGACACCACUGACAAAAAUAAUAAUGGCAAAACAUUUAAAUAUUUUUCCGGGAAAUUUUCUGCUACAAGGGCAAUCGAUGAUUUUCUAAUUUUACGUGUUUUAGAUAUUUCCAAAAAUAAAAAUGAACCAACUUCAACAUCAAUUGGUAAAUAA